AUGGAGCGGCACAGCGAGCUUUUGCUGGGAGGAGCUCCCAUCAAGCUCGGCCAGGGCCCCGAGAGUUUGCAGAUCGGCUGCGAGGACACCACCGGAUUCCAACCUUGGGCGGCAGCCUCACGCGCUGCCGCAAGAGCCUUGCCAUCGCCGGGGCCGAGGCUUCAGCUCGAGUUGGGAUCCGGCUUGGGCGCCUUAGGCGUCCGCGCCGCAGCCCGGGGCCUCGUGUUGCUGUCAGACAAGGAGGUGCCUGUGCUUGGCCUGGCGUUGAAAACUGCUGCUCUGAAUGGGGCCCGCUGCGACGCAGUAGCCUAUGACUUUGCCCGAGGGGCGAGAGCGCCUUUUCGCCCUGGAGUCUUCGACCUCCUCUUGGCGUCCGAUGUGCUCUUCAUGGACCGGUUGGCAGAGCCCCUCUUCUGCAGCAUGGCGUGCUUGCAUGCGCCUGGUCAACGUCAGAGAGCCAUCCUUGGGCAUCAGCGACGGCGGGCCGUGUUCCGAGGCCCAGAUGGAGAACCUCGUGUAGAAACUGAAGAUUCUGCCCUUCGGCGUUUCCUUGACUUCGCUGGGCCACACCUGUCUAAUCAGAGCGACAAUGAAGAGGAGGCGCAGUUGCUGCUGGUUGGCUCCUUUGCGUGCAUUGGCGUACUGACGAUCAUUUCCUAUGAUGCCAUUUCAUGGUUUCCGGCGGUGCAGGAACCCUACGACGAGGAGAGUCUGACCAGAUUCAUGAUGCGACACAGGAGGGGCUCCAGCGUCUUCUCGCUCAUCAUGUUUCCUGUCUACGUUCUCGUAGCCAUGCAGCACCAGUUUCGCUUUGCCCACACAAACGUUUUCUGGCUUGUGCCGUUGGUGAUGGUCACUUUCUGGCAGCACUACUGUGGCGAGGAAGGUAACGUUUGCAACCUGUAUCUUUCAGGGUCCUCCAAAAUGAUGCUGGUCCUCACCAGCCUGGUGAACUCGACGAUGGCGUGGACUGCCGAAAGGAACAGCCGGGCGAGGUUCCUAGCAGCCAGAUCGGUGCAACUCACGCGACAGCGCAUCGAUGCUAUCGCGAGCACUCUUAUGCCACCCAUGGUGGUGGAGGCGCAAGCAGUUCGUCUCAGGUACAAGUCAACUUUGGUAGACAUGGGAGACUGCUGCGAGAUCCACCAUGAGGAGCCCAAGCAAAGGGCGCCAAAGCCUAAAGAGGAAACACCGAAGCCCAAGGAGGUGAAGAAGGAGAAGACAGACCAAAGUCGAAUCACCGCCCUUACCAUGCUUGAGUCCGUGGGUGCAGGUGACUGGACCAAGGCACCUGAAGUGACCCUCAUGUUGGAGCAACGCUCAGGGGAUCGCGAGGUCUGCCGCUCAGCAGCUAAGGCCGCCGAGCGCAUCGCCUGCCAAGAAAAAGGCUUGGAUGUUCUCACAGAGCAGGGCGCCAUACAACAGCUCCUGCAGGUGUGGUGCGCGCAUCGCAAUGACACGUCCUUGGCGGUGCAUGUUCACAACAUUGUGGCCCGCUUCUGGGAGCGUGCUAGUUGCGACAGUCAGUGGAUUUGCCUUCCUGCGCAGCAGGCAGCAGGUAAGGCCCUACUCACGUCGGGGCAGAACGAAUGGCUGGCAGAAGCGCACAAGGCGGCAGUCAAGCUGCACGAGAAGGGCUUCACCACUGCCGCCAUGGAGAUGUACCGCCAGUGUAUCGAGCAAUUCAAUAAAGACGUGGGCGAGGACCACCAGUGCACGCUGCAGGCAAAGAACAACUUCGCCGUGCUCCUAGAGGAGUGUCAGCAAUUCCAGGAGGCCGAGAAGAUGCACAUCGAGGUCUGCAAGCAGUUCGAGACGAAAUUUGGGGCCGAGCACGGGGAUGUCACAUCUUCCAAGUUCAACCUCGCAGCGCUGCGGGCCAAGAUGGGCAACCUCGAGGAAAGCGAGACCAUGUACAAGCAGGUGCUCGAGGUGCGCGAGCGCACCCUGGGGCCCCAGCACUCCAAUACGCUGCGAGCCAAGGCAAACCUCGCAGAUGCCGCUUGUUUCUUACGAAGUAUUCCUUGGUGA